AUGGUCAACGCUACCCUCCAAGUCAAGCCCCUGCACCCCACUUUCGCCGCCGAGAUCGCCGGCGUAGACUUCUCCCAGCCGAUCACGCCCGAGCUCUACAAGGAGAUCAGAGCCGUUGUCGACAAGUAUGGCGUGGUCGUCUUGCGCAACACCGGCCUGACCGACGAUGCCCAUAUCGACUUCUCGCGGUACUUUGGUGAUCUGGACGACGUGACGCCUUAUCAGCAGGCUGGGCGGACUCACCGACUGCCAUCCAAGUAUCUCUUUGAUGCUGGAAACAUUGACCCCAAGACGGGCGAUGUCGCUGCUAUGACCGACGCCACCGUCAUUGGAAACAAGGGGAACCUCCUCUUCCAUGUCGACUCGUCCUUCAACGCUCGUAGAGCUGGUCACUCGCUCUUGAAGGCUCACAAGCUUCCUCCUCCCGGUACUGGCGGUGCCACCGAGUUCUCCGACUCCCGUACGGCCUACGACGAUCUCUCGCCCGAGAUGAAGGCUCGUAUCGACGGCGCCGUCGCCAACCACUCGCUCUUCCACUCUCGCAAGACCGCCAUGCCCGAGUAUUUCAAGGACAUGGACGUCACCAAGAUGCCGAUGAGCAAGCACCUCUUGGCCCAGAAGCAUGAAUGGAGCGACCGCAUGAACCUUUACAUUGCGUCCUACGUGCACCAUCUGGACGGUAUGCCCAAGGAGGAGUCUGACAAGAUCCUCAAGGAGCUUACAGAGCACAUCUACAAGGACAAGUAUAGGCAGGUCAUCCCGUGGGAGCAGGAUGGGGAUCUCAUCAUCUGGGACAAUACGAGCGUCAUGCACCGCGGGACUGGCGGGAGCUACGAGGGCAAGUAUCCAAGGGAUAUGAGGCGGACGACUGUCAAGGACAUGAGCUCGACUCGGUAUGGGCUCAAUGGUGAUGGUGCGGAUUGGAGGGUUGGCAUGCCCUAG